UUUGCAUCCUUUGCUUUUUUCCUCACUGGUGUUGCAGAAUGUGGAGGACGACCACCUGAACGACUCGCUGGGGAACCCCGGCCUCAUCUCACCUGACAAGGAGGACAUAUCACGUCUCCUGACGGUGCCAUUCAGCGGACGUAUCCGGGGAGGCAUGCGGCCAGGGAAGAAGAUCAUAGUGAUGGGGAUUGUCGACCAGGAGCCGGAGAGCUUUGACGUGAGCCUGACCUGCGGCCGUGACUCAGAGAAGGAGCAGCCGGCGUACGACGUGGCCCUGAAACUCACCGCCCGCUUCGGCGACCGCCAGUUCCUACGCAGUGCCCGCAUCUCUGGGAAGUGGACAGGGGAGGAGGCUUCCACUGCCUACUUCCCCUUCAUCCCUGAUCAGCCCUUCAGGGUCGAGAUCCACUGCGAGCACCAGCGGUUCCGGAUAUUCGUGGACGGACACCAGCUGUUUGACUUUUAUCACAAAGUAAAAUCUUUGACCUCUAUCGACACAGUACGGAUACAAGGAGAUCUACAGAUCACCAAGCUCGGCUAACGCCCCCCCUCCUCCUCCUCCCGCUCUGCAAGUCGUGUGUGAAGCAAGGACUCGAUCGCAGAUGACCACACACACACACACGUUAUGUCGCCAUCCCUUACCCAUCAUGCAGCACCGCAGCGGCGUAGCAACUUGGAAAACGUCUCCGGUACUGACAAGUUAAAGAUCUUCUGCUUAAUUUCUCUCCCUCCCUGUUAUUUGAAGAUUCUGUCCGGUGCUUUGUGUGGGAACGUGUUUGCUCCAUUUUCAGCAGUUUGUGCUCGUAGCCCCAGUUUUGUCAGAUCCGGGAUCUCACAGCUUAUAAAUAGUGUGUUCAUUAGUUCUGUUGAAUCCUCGAGGGACGCUGACAGAGAGGCAGGUGUUGGGGGGGGGGGGGGCAGUUACUCAGGAACUUCUGGAACUCAGCAGCUACAGAUUGAAACUUGUGUUUAAGACUGAAAAUGUUUGAACUUAAAUCAAAGUCUUAAACAAAUACGUGCAUAUUGCUGAAGUUUAAAAAGGUGAAACUCUGCAGUGUUGACAGACCAGAGAAUCCGAUCAGAACUGGUUUUAAGUGACACUUAGCUGGAUGUGAAGUUAUUGUUGUCGUUAUCUGCUAAAACUCAAGUGCAGCAUUUCUCCCUUUUCUCCGCGUUGGUUCGUCUCCAGCUCCGUUGGUUCGUCUCCAGCUCCGUUGGUUCGUCUCCAGCUCCGUUGGCUCCCCCCCCAGUCCUCCCUUGGGUUUAUUCCAGUUGUCAUAGCAACACGCUGCAGUCUCACCGACCUAAAUACCCAAAAAUGGGGAUUAUAUCAUGACAAGAUGUGGCUUCCCACGCUGCACAUUUUAGUGAUGAAUGCAGCCGUUAAAAAGGAGAAUUAGUUAGAAAACUGAUCUCUGCUGUUGAACUCCCAGGACACAUUUUUUCUUUCCUGCAGACUUCGUGUGAAUUGGUCUCUAACGCUGUUUUCAGACUUGAACUCUGGAAAAUUUCCAGAACAUUUGAUCUGGACUCUUUCUUUCCUUUUACAUACGAAGAAGUUUGUCCGGGUCGGACGUGUUUGAAAAGACGGGAAAAUGUCUGGAACAUUCAGGCAGGAGGCAGAACAUGACGUUUAAAUUCCACUGCGGGAAUCAAGUGCUUUUGUUUACAGCACGUUCACACCGUUGUCGGCCCUUAGUCGCCAAAGGCUCUAGAUUUCUCGUAGUCUUUCAAAGUUGACAUCUUCGUCGUUGUCCUGCGCGUGUACGGCUCCUUGUUUUCAUCCUGAGACAUUUUAUUUCUUCCACGUCCGUGUCCGUCACGUGUUUGAAGCAUCAUUAACACGCCCACAAGCUCGCUGUGAAUUUUCUGGACGUUUUCACUGUUGUGUUCUCACAUUCCGGACAUUUUACCAGGCGGCUGCAGGAAAAGUUCAGAAAAUGUCACGACCUCAGUGCGUGUCUGAAAGCAGCUUAACACAAUAUGCGACUUGUUUUCGUUUGUCCCACGUCAUUAUAUAUAUAUCCCGGAGAAAGUGUGCGGUCAAUGUGUUCAGGUUUCAGCCGAGCGCAGACUUGUUCCGCGGUCAGCUUGUUGUUUCUGAAGCAGAAUCGGAGCCUGGUGGUUUGCUGAAUGUAAAUUAUUCAUGUUUCUAUGGUAGCGUAGAAGAUAAAGUGAUGCACAAAACUUUUUACCUAACGUCACAGUGUUUUUUUUUGGUGGUACGGCCGGUGCUGUUAUAUCUUCAGUCUGACAGUAUGUCUCACGUCUUUUAUGGCUUUUUUAAAAAGUGUUUUUUUUUUUUUCCUGAAUCAUUCCACGUCAACGUCUCGUCCACACUGAAGCAGGUCGAUGUUUUUAAACACGUCCUCGUUUAACGCAGCUCUUUGUCUCUGUAAGAAAUCCACUGCACACAGGACAUCUUGUCCUUGACUGAGGGAGAGAGAGAGUCGUAAUAAAUACACAGAAAUAAACUCAUUAACAGUUCUAUGUCUUGAAGAGCUCAAAGUAUUAACAUUCACUCUGUUCUGUAAAACACGUCAAACUAGAUACGAAGUUCACUGUGUAGAUUUCUGGAUCACUUUCUAAUAAAGGGUUGAUAAGAUGUAACUUAUGGUUUUUAUUAAUGGGUAAUAAUUGAUUCACUAAUGCUUUGUCAUAAGAAAUAAACUUCGGAGUUUCCAGGUUGCAAAAGGAAAAUAAAUUGUAAUAAUAACAUCUAAUAAACAUCAGUUUUUCAGUUAUAAAUGUUGAUGAAUCAUAAAGGGUCCGGAGGUUCUCACUUUAUUUUGUUAAAAUGGUUUUUACACAAUGAGAAGAAAUUGAUUCUGGUUUAAUUAGAGUGCGAUUCUUCACAACCUGGCAACCCAAAAGUAGUUUCUUACAAUGGUUACUUGACAAAAUGUCAGUAAAUUAUUUAUUAACCAUUAAUAAAGUUUUUACAACUUAUUAUCUCUUACUUACGAAAAUGUGUUUAUUAGAAAGUGGAGCUGGAUUCUGUUCGUUUGUCUUUGGAGAAAGAUUUCAGGAUUCAUCACAUCGAACUAAAAAGUUAAACUACAGAUCGUAGUUCUCAAACACGGCUCUGUGGCAGGUCCGGCUAAAGUCAGUGUCUCCAUCAUGACACACACACGCACACAGACACACACACACACACACACACACACGGACUCAAAGUGAAAACAAAGCUUAUCAUGCUCUUCCUGCUGUGUCAUGGUUUGUGAGCAGGUGUUGACCUGAAGAGAAUGAAGGCGACGCCUCAUGCUGCUGUGAAUCUGGAGUAAGCCAUAACAUCUGUGCAGAACAUCUGCACUGACCUCACUGCAGGGCGAUGCAGGCCAACAUCUUGUCUUUCUGUUACUGUGUCCGGCGCUCAUCAAAACACACAGAGAGGACGCUCUCUGUUCUUUCACGGGGCGAUAAGGUCUCUGACUGGUUUUCUCCUGGUCGGUCAGACGGGCUCUUUCCCUGGUGCUUCUCGUUUUCAGCAGCUGGUUUAUUUUAGACACAAACAGGAAAUGAGAACAGUUUGGUAUGAGAGGGCAGCGAGGAGGUUAGAGCGACGCUUCAUCAUUCCAGUGUGGCAGCGGAGCAAACAAGAGCAAAUAAAGUGCGGUUGUGUUGAUGGGUCGUGUGUUUUUUCAUGCAAGUUUUCGUGUUUUCGUUCAAUGGCAAACGAUAAAAACACGUUUGUCGUCUUCAUGUAGAGACAAGGGUUCGUGGUUGUGGCUCCUCGAACAUGAAGCUGAGCUGAGCAGUGUGAACAGCUGUGUGUGUUGUUAGGAAUCAUGAGGGCGUUGGAUGAACCAGAAGACUUCCUGAAUUAAAGGGCUCAGAGUGGGGGGGGGUGCUCUUUGUGUGGUUGUGCAUGGAGACAUUCUUUUUGUGUGUUUGUUAUGUUGUCUGUGGUGCAGGGUACUGGAGCUCACUUAUUUGCUAUCGUGUCAAGUAUUCCACAUGAUGAGUACAUGUGUUUGUAAAACCUCAUGUUAAAAUAAAAGCUCCCAGCCACUGAUCCUCAGACGAUCCCCCGUCUUUUGAUCAGGAUAAUUCUCGCUGUUUGCUCCUAUUUGAAUUGUUCCACAACCCUUUAAAAAAAAAACUGAAUGUGAUUCUCUUCCUGAUUGUAUUUUGAUGAUAAAAAAAAAAAAAAUCCAGGUAGAAAUACUGUUCACACUCACCUCAGUCAUUCAGGAUCUUAUGAAACUCACCUUCCUGUCCUGAGUGACCGAGUGAAACAGCUCAUUUGACCCAGGUCUGUAAGUUUUUGGUACUUUGGAUGUACAUAGUGAUGAAGUUUUGUUUUUACGAGACAAACUCUGAGAAAGCAUUUUGUUUUGCAUGUCAGUCAGUACUAUGGAAAGAUUGAGGUAUAAUCAUGUGUUUUCAUUCCAGUCAAGCAUGCGGUAUUAUUAUUAUUAUUAUUAUUAUAUUUAGAUUUUUUACUUUUAUCAGAUAUGUUUCAAGGUGAGAUUUUCUAUUCGGCCUGUUUUUCUCUAUGACCUCAUUUUUAUGAAGACUCAAGUUUAGUGCUUACCUUGAUGUUGAAUUAUGGGAUUUAACCAGUGACUGUAUAUAAAGAUGACGUCAUUUGGAGCCAGAGACUUGUACAGCAGUGAUCGUAGCGGCGAGGUCCUGCUGAUACACACACUAGACCAAUCCCCAGUCUCCCUGUCAGCUGUCAAUCACAACGUUCCCCCCCCCCCGUGUUAACAGCAUCAAAUAAUUCAAAUUAAACUUAUUGAUGUGAUUAGAACUACUUAAAAAGUCAUAUUUAAGAAAAAUGUAUUUGACGUCUGCUUUGACUUUUUAGUUUGGUCCAUGUCCCAUUUGCUAAUAUGGGGGAGACAACUAUAAGCAGCCAGCCUGCAGGGGGCGAUCCAAAUGAUUUGGCUUCACCUUCAGGGCGCUGUGAUGUCGUCCAUCUUUAUGAUUUGAAAUCUAUUUGUUUUCCACGUGAGUUUUAACGAGUGUAAGAAAUUCAAUGGUUUCCGAAGACGCGUGAAAAGCUCCACGGCUGUUGUGACAACGGCUACAUGAUAAUAUCAGUAUAUUUAUGAAGUGGUCUCUGAUUAGAAGUAGCUUCAUCUGUUGCUAAUGUGUUGUGUGGUUGUUAUCAUUUCUAUGUAUGACAGUGUAACCAGCAGGAUGUGUGUGCUAACGUUUUACCGACUGUAACGGUAACAUGCUAACUGUUUAAACCGAGGCGUUUUGAAAAAGGUGAGAGGUUUUCUUCAAUAAAGAUGAUGAAGUGUUUUGGCUCCGA